AUGCCACGGGCAAGUAGAACUAGGAACCAGCUUUCCGAAGAAGAUAAAAAACUACGUAGGCGUGAACAAAAAAAGCUCAGUAUACGUCGUGCACGUGCUCAGAUGAAAGAAGCAGAUCUAGAAAAUAGAAGAAGACAAGACAGAGAAAGAUAUCGACGUAAGAAGGAACAAGGUAAAAUCAAAAGUAUUAAAGAUUAUACGCCUAGACAACAACGACAAAUCUGA